GUGGAGAACACCUUGCAUUUUUCGAGGUCGGUAUUUCAGAGGAGGAGGUACAAAAUUGCAUAAGGUGUUGUUGGUGUUAUAUCUACGUAGUUUGCCAUCGUCAAUGGUAUAGCAUUGUUUGGUUUCCUCUUGAAAAUGGCUGCCGUAUUGGACGAGGUCGGCAAAUCUGCCGAAAAAUUAGUAGAUGAGGAAAAAGACGAAAUCGUUGACGAAGAAGAUGAAACUGGUGCAGUAGAAGCUUCGAAGAAGAAAAAAAAGAAGAAAAAGAAGAAGAAGGCUGGAGCUGGUGAAGCUAGCGCAGAUGUUCCAGAAGGAGAAGAAACGAAACAAGAUAAUAUAGAAGAAGCUGAUAUAGAUGCAACAGAAAAUGAUGCAGAAACAGAAGAUGCUAAGAAGAAAAAGAAGAAACGCAAAUCACGUGGAAAAACUGGAGGUCCUAAACAACAAACAGAUCCUCCGACUAUUCCCGUAUCAGAAUUUUUCCCAGAUGGGAACUUUCCGAUAGGGCAAAUAAUGGAUCAUCCCUCUGCUGCAGGAGUAGAUGAUAGGACAGCUAAGGAUCGUUUUUCUAGCGAAGAAGCACGUGCUUUUGAUAGAAUGCAUAAUGAUAUUUAUAACGAAGCGAGGCAGGCAGCUGAAGCUCAUAGACAAACUAGGAAACAUAUUAUGAAAUGGGUGAAACCUGGGAUGACAAUGAUAGAAAUUUGUAACGAGUUGGAAAAUACAGCAAGAAAAUUGAUAGGAGAAGAUGGGCUAAAAGCUGGACUAGCAUUUCCAACUGGUUGUUCACGAAAUCAUUGCGCUGCUCAUUACACUCCAAAUGCUGGCGAUCCCACCGUUUUGGAGUACGAUGAUGUCACCAAGAUAGAUUUUGGUACACACAUUAACGGACGAAUCAUCGACUGUGCAUUUACAUUAGCAUUCAAUCCGAAAUACGAUAGGCUCAUUGAAGCGGUUCGUGAUGCUACAAAUACUGGAAUUAAAGCUGCUGGUAUCGACGUUCAACUAUGCGAUGUUGGAGCUGCGAUUCAAGAAGUUAUGGAAUCGUACGAAGUUGAAUUAGAUGGCAAAACUUACCCAGUAAAAUCCAUAAGAAAUCUUAACGGUCAUUCAAUCGCUUCAUAUCGUAUCCACGCUGGAAAAACUGUACCGAUAGUUAAAGGUGGUGAAGCUACUAGAAUGGAAGAGAAUGAAUUUUAUGCCAUUGAAACUUUCGGAUCUACUGGGAGAGGAAUCGUUCACGAUGAUCUAGACUGUUCUCAUUACAUGAAGUGCUUUGAUGCCGGUUUCGUCCCAUUGAGAUUGCAAAGUAGCAAAUCCCUACUCAAUGUUAUCAACAAGCAUUUCGGUACUUUGGCUUUCUGCAAGCGGUGGUUAGAUCGUGUUGGUUGCGUGAAAUAUCAAAUGGCUUUGAAGGAUCUAUGCGACAAAGGUGCAGUAGAGGCUUACCCACCUUUAGUUGAUGUGAAAGGAUGUUAUACUGCUCAGUUCGAGCAUACCCUCGUUCUACGUCCAACGUGUAAGGAGGUUAUUUCUCGUGGAGAUGAUUACUGAUAUGUCUAUUGUUCUCGAAUCGCGUUAUGUGUGCUCAUUAUAUCUUCUAUCUGGCAAUGUACAAGUUGAUUUAUGUAAAGUCACACUGACGGUAAAUGUUAUUAAUAACGCGAUAUUUAAUUAUACAUCUCAUUCAUUCUUUUCUCUUUGUCGAUAGAAACACUAUACAAUGGUGAUAAGACAAAACAUUGUGAAAUAUUAAAAAUA